AUGGCGAGCAUCGAUCGCUACAGACCCCCCCGCGAGGGCUACCAGCCGCCCAGCCUGCCCGCCGGCGGAAACCGUCAUGAGCGACCAUCGCGAUCGCCAACUCGCCGGCGAGAGGUCCCGCCCGCCGCUCCCACGCCGCCGCAGCACAGCUCCCGUACGUCGCCUCCGCGCUCGAGCGCCGUGUCCGGCCCGCAGUCCCCCGCGCAGUCAGGUCGACAGACGCCCCUGGCGGGCGUGAACCAGUGGUCCUUCUCCUGGGACGAGGUGCACAGCACUCCGAGCAUCGUCGACGGAAUAGCGCCUGCCGAGGAGAGGCUUCGAAGGGCCAAGGGCGUCAACUUUAUCUACCAGGCGGGGGUCAUGCUGGACCUGCCGCAGAUUACUCUAUGGGUAGCGAGCGUCUUCUUCCACCGUUUCUACAUGCGCUUCAGCAUGGUAGAGGAGAAGGGCGGCAUUCAUCAUUAUAACAUUGCUGCAACGGCGCUGUUCCUUGCCAACAAGGUCGAGGAGAAUUGUCGCAAGACCAAGGACAUCAUCAUCGCCGUCGCCAAGGUGGCCCAGAAGAACACCAAGCUCAUCAUCGACGAGCAGAGCAAGGAGUACUGGCGAUGGAGAGACAGCAUCCUCACGUACGAGGAAAUUAUGCUCGAGCAGCUCACCUUCGACCUCAUGGUCGACAACCCCUACAGAAACCUCUUCGAGCUGCUUGGACAGCUGGACAUUGUUCACAACAAGAACUUGAGGCAAUCCGCCUGGGCUUUCUGCAACGACGCCGGCCUGACGGCCCUGCCUCUGCUCAUCGAGUCAAGGGACGUGGCCAUCUGCGCAAUAUUCUUCGCCAGCAUUCAUGCGAAGGAGCAGAUAGACGACAUCAACGGGGAGCCGUGGUGGAAGUACUUGAACGUCAACGAGGCCCGAUGUGCGAGGUCGAUUGAGGUGAUGAGGCAGUUCUACACGGAGAAUCCGCUUAGAAAGCAGAACCCGUCGCUGCCGUCGCCUGCCUUCGACCUCGAGGUCACGAGACGGAGGGCCGACACGCUCCUAAGUCAGCCCGAGACGCUCUCAUCGGCGGGCACACCAAUGGACAUGGAGCGGGCAAGCCGCAGCCCGAUGGCCAGGACAAACGGCGGCACUGACAGGCGAGGGCUGGAGCCUGGAUCCCAGCCACGAGUGGCCGGCAGCGACUACGCCCCGAGAUCGCCCGCCAAGCGAAAGGAGGCGGACGUGGAGUCUGGUGCCGAGAAUGAUCGGGCCGAGAAGCGUGCGCGCGUCUCUGAGGACGAGGGCGAGCUGAUCGAGGACUAA